AUGUCUGCAGCACAAAAACGAGCGUGGCCAGAAUUAGUCGGUAAAGACGCCGAUUCUGCCAUUAAAACUAUUCAACAAGAAUCCGAUAUUACUAAUAUUCAAACUCUUCGUGAUAAUUCGCCAGUUACACUCGAGUUUUGUCCAACGCGAGUUCGUCUUUAUGUAUAUGCUCGACAAUUUUUCCUUGAGAGCAAUAUGGCUUCAAAUAAGACUCUUAAGAUUAAAAAGGUUCUUGCCAAGAAACAAAAACAAAAUCGACCUGUACCGCAAUGGAUUCGAAUGCGUACGGGAAAUACAAUUCGAUACAAUUCGAAACGACGUCAUUUUCGUCGCACAAAACUCAAAUUAUCAGACGAUGAAUUCGAGAGCAGCAUUAGUCCAUCGAACAAUGUUCCGCCUUGUGGCAACUCGCCUGCAACGAACAAAAAGUCAUCAUCAUUAACUGACAAACAUUUACGAGAUUUCAUUAAUCGAUUGGACAGUCAUGUCAAAAGCCCGUCGGCUUCAUCCGAAGUUCUACAAGCAAUUUUGCAUGAAUAUGCCCCAUCGCCAACCAUGCACGAAACUAUUCUGUAUAUCUAUUCGAAUGCGUUAAAUAAGCCUACACUCAAUCGACUACUUGAUAAAUCUGUUGAACAACUGAAAUUGAAUGACACGGCACAUCCAAUUCAAUUGGAAAAAGCUCAAUUGAUUCAUCAUGCAGUUAUGAAAGAUCAUGAACAUAUUUUCCAGCUGUUAAUCAAAUCCGGUUUCGAUGUCAAUAGUUUGUCAUCCGAUCGUAAGACGCCCCUAUCAGUGGCCGUUGUCGCUAGUAAUUUAGAUCCAGCAAAACGGUUAUUUUAUAUUCAAUAUCUGAUCGCACAUGGAGCAAAUGCAACAAUAACCGAUAUUAAUCAUGUUUCGCCAUUUAAGCGUCUAUGUGGAAUGGAAUCCAAUUAUCCGAAGAUUUAUACAUUCUUUCUCGAGCAUCUCUAUUCGGUCUAUAUGGAUCAAGUGCAAAGCGAAUUGAAUGCUGGCCUGGCCAAUGCUGUUUACAACUGGUGCGUUUCAAUCGUCACUGACCUUCUUGAACGCGGUGCGACGCUUGAUGCAUUUCAAUCGACCAGCAGCUUAAACGACUUUUUCACACAGAUCGCCACGACUUUCUUUCAAGAGCGUCGUUCCAUCGUCCAAAUGGAUGCAUUUAUUUUAUGUUUAAUUCAAAUGCUUGUUCAUCAUAUUCCUUGUGUCAAUUAUGCACAGUGUAUCGAGACGUUUUUUGAACUGAUUUACAUUCCUGGUGUUUGUUUCGAAACAAAUAAUGAUCCACUAACGUACCCAUCCGUAAGCAACAUAAAAACACUUUUAACCAUAUCCACUUAUUAUGGAUAUUUAACAAAACAAAGUAUACAUCAUAUUCGCACGGAGCUUUUGCCAAAAUUACUGACAAUACCUAUUCAAAAUCCAUCAGUGACACAGGCUGUUCGUCAAAGUUUACUGGACCAAUUGAAUCGACAUAUUAAUGAACUGAUUAUGAAAUAUCUAUUUGAAAUUGAAAUCAUGCAAGGAUUUUCUUGCCUUGCAAUUGUUGUUUGUGCUCUAUUGUUUGUUUAUGGCAACGAUGCUCGUCUGCCCCGUGUGAAGUUACACCACUUCGAAUCGGUACACGAUCAACUUUUCGCAGCUGAAUCACAUCAAUUAAACGCAUUUGAACGCAAGUAUGGUCUCGGUGGACCAAUUCCGGAAGGAUUAACAAACUACUUGGAUGCACAAUACUAUGGCGAUAUUGGUAUUGGCACACCAGCUCAGACAUUUCGUGUAGUAUUCGAUACGGGUUCAUCAAAUCUCUGGGUACCAAGUGUUCAUUGUUCACUUUUGGAUAUCGCUUGUCAAUUACACCGAAAAUACAACGGUGCUAAAUCGUCGACAUACGUAGCAAAUGGAACCGAAUUCAAAAUUCAAUAUGGAACUGGUUCACUCCAAGGUUACGUUAGCAUCGAUACCGUUACGAUUGGUGAUGCUAAAAUUCAAGGCCAAGGAUUUGCUGAAGCAAUUAAACAACCUGGUAUUGUCUUUGUUACAGCGAAAUUCGAUGGUAUCCUUGGUUUGGCUUAUCCAUCCAUUGCUGUCGAUGGUAUCUAUCCCGUUUUCAACAACAUGUGGGAUCAAAAACUAGUUCCUGAUAAUGUCUUUAGUUUCUGGCUUGAUCGGGAUCCGCAGAAUCCACGUGGUGGUGAAAUUAUUUUCGGCGGUUCGGACCCUGAGUUAUACGAAGGUGAAUUUACCUACGCUGAAGUUACACGAAAGGCUUACUGGCAGUUCAAACUUGAUGGAAUCUCAAUCAAUUCCAAUCAAUACUGCCAAGGCGGUUGUCAAGCUAUUGCUGACACUGGUACCAGUCUUUUAGUCGGACCAAAAGCUGAAAUUGCUAGUCUCAAUUCUAAAUUAGGUGCCAUUCCUAUUCCCGGUGGUGAAUACAUGCUCGACUGUAAAUUAGUUCCUAAUUUGCCACGUAUUCAUUUUACCAUCAACGGCAAUGAUUUUUACUUGGAUGGACCUGAAUACGUUUUGACUGUUAGUCAAUUCAACAAGACAAUCUGCUUAUCUGGUUUUGCGGGUAUUGAUAUUCCACCACCAGCUGGUCCACUUUGGAUUCUCGGUGAUGUUUUCAUUGGUCCAUGGUAUACAGAAUUCGAUUUUGGUAACAACCGUAUUGGUUUUGCCAAAUCGGUCUCGCCAAAGAAUUCGACAAUGCGUGAAUACAAGAAAACUUUAUCACUUGCUGAAAUUUUAAAUUAA